CAAGGAUUAAGGCGCCAACUCGGCAUCUGCUCUUUCCCGUGCUGUCCGCACGCUCCAGCACACAGCUCGACUACUUCGGACAGACCGUCGCCGGCGGUCGGUCCCUAUCGCACACCAAGCCUGCUCCGGCUUUCGUCAAAUCCGGAGGUCGCAAGGGUGUUCGCGCUGAGGCCAAGCCCACAGCCGAGGCGACGUUGACCGGCGUCGUGUUCGAGCCGUUCGCCGAGGUGCAGAGCCAGCUUACCCAGGUUCCCGCCGUCAUCCAGCCGCAGGAGUCGUUCGCCCGGCAAAACUACUCCUCGGCCGCCGAGGCUGGGAUCAACGAGCAGAUCAAUAUCGAGUACAACAUCUCGUAUGUGUACCAUGCGCUGUACUCCUACUUCGACCGCGACAACGUGGCCCUGCCAGGCUUUGCCAAGUACUUCAAGGCAGCCAGCCAGGAGGAACGUGAGCAUGCAGAGAAGCUGAUGGAGUAUCAGAACAAGCGUGGUGGCCGGGUGAAGCUGCAGUCCAUCCUGAUGCCCGCGACCAUGGAAUUUGACCACCCCGAGAAGGGUGAUGCUCUCUACGCGAUGGAGCUUACGCUAGCUCUUGAGAAGCUGGUCAACGAGAAGCUGUUGGCCCUUCACAAGGUGGCAUCUGAUGCUGGAGAUGUCCAGCUGACCGACUUCCUGGAGGGAAACUUCUUGAAUGAACAGGUCGAUGCUAUCAAGCAAGUGUCUGACUACGUCUCCCAGUUGAGACGUGUGGGCAAGGGUCAUGGUGUGUAUCACUUCGAUCUGGAGCUGGAGACUGGCGCACACUGA